AUGUCCCCGCCGUUCCCGCUCCGGUGGGGCAGACCGGAGGCGGAGCGGGCGCACGUCAAUAACCUGGAGAAAGCCCUCAAGGCGGGGCCUAACUACCCGAAGGAGUGCGUGGGGGCGUCCGACGCCCUGUUCCCGGUCCCCGACGCCGUGAGAAACGCCGGCCCGUGGUGCGUGCGGCGCCUGGUCCGUGUCGUUGGGAACGGCGAAGACGACUACGACGCGGCCAAGAACGCGGUGGAAAGCUUCAAGAACUUCCGCGUGCGGUGGCCCUUCGGCUUCGGCGGGGCCUUCGCGGCCGCGGGCCUGCGCCGCAACGGCCGCGGCACCGUCCGGCCGCCCCCCGCGAAGCCCGGCAACACGUACUGCGUCAUGGCGGGCCUCGCGGGCAUCUGGUCGAUCGGGCCGCUCCGCGUGCUGUACAAGAAGGAAGGCCCCGUGCAGGCGGGGUCGAGCGCGGCGGAGACGAUGACGCCCCCGCGCGGGUGGCGGCCGGGGAAGGACCGGCGUAGAUUCAAGAAAAAUGGGAAGCGAUUUGCGGUGGGGAGCGGGUGUCUGUCGGGGCACCUGCUGUGCGGGGAGGAGCGCUUCGAGGUGACGUACGACGGCGACACGGGCGACGUGCGGUACGAGGUCGCGUCGUUUUCGCGCCCUGCGGGCCCGCUGGGCGCGGCGGUGUACCCCGUGGCGUGGCUCCUGCAGGGGGCGUUCGCGCACGCGUCGUGCCGCGCCGUGGAGGACGCGGUGCGCAUCGAGGCGGCCGCGGCGACGUGA